GCAGGUUGGGAGGUUACCUGGACUAUGGCGGCUGUUCCGCCGCUGCGGGACCGCUUGAGCUUCCUACAUAGGUGGCUGGGACCUACUCUGUAUAAGAUGGCCGCUCACCACCGUCCUCAUUCCUCUUCAGCUCCCCAUUCUGUUGAAGGGGACCUCGGAUGAUGACAUCCCAUGUCCAGGCUACCUGUUUGAAGAGAUUGCCAAUUUCCCACGAGUCACUGGGCAGCAGCCAGUGCCUGCUGGAGUACCUCCUAAACCGCCUAGACAGUAGCUCUGGCCACGUGAAGCUCAAGGUGCUGAAGAUCUUGCUUUACCUGUGUGGUCACGGCUCUUCCUCCUUCCUGCUCAUUCUUAGGAGAAACUCUGCUCUCAUCCAGGAAGCCACAGCUUUCGCAGGGCCUCCAGAUCCUCUUCAUGGAAAUAGCUUGUACCAGAAGGUGCGGGCGGCUGCCCAGGACCUGGGUAGCACCCUGUUCUCAGACGCCAUGCCGCAGCCUCCCUCACAGCCGCUCCAGACCCUGCCUCCUGCAGGCAUGGGCGCCCAGGCCAGACCUCAUGGUGCUCUGCAAGGCUUUGGCUACACUAAGGAGAGUGGCCGGACAGGCUCCGCAGGUGAAACCUUCCUCUCCACCAUCCAGAGGGCUGCAGAGGUGGUGGCUAAUGCUGUGCGUCCUGGGCCUGAUAACCCUUGUACCAAGGGACCCUCGCCAUAUGGUGAAACCUAUCAGCCUGCAGUGACACCUUCAGCUAGCCUCACACAUCCCAACCCUGGGAAUCUACUUCCUGGGGCCGUCCUGGGGGCCAGAGCUGUGAGACACCAGCCUGGGCAGGCCGGCGGAGGCUGGGAUGAGCUGGACAGCAGUCCCAGUUCCCAGAAUUCCUCCUGCACCAGCAACCUCAGCAGGGCCUCGGACUCAGGGAGUGGGUCUGGCAGUGGCAGCCACUCGGGCACCAGCCGGGAGCCAGGUGACCUGGCAGAAAGGGCUGAGACCAUGCCCCCAAAUGACUGCCAGCAAGAACUGAAUCUAGUGAGGACUGUGACACAGGGGCCACGUGUCUUCCUGAGCCGUGAGGAGACACAGCAUUUCAUCAAAGAGUGCGGCCUGCUCAACUGUGAGGCUGUGCUGGAGCUGCUCCUCCACCAGCUGGUCGGGACCAGUGAGUGUGAGCAGAUGAGGGCGCUGUGUGCCAUCGCAUCCUUUGGGAGUGCUGACCUCCUGCCUCAGGAACAUGUCCUCCUCCUGUGCCGACCGCAGCUGCAGCAACUUGGUGCAGGAAGCCCUGGACCUGUGACCAACAAAGCCACCAAGAUCCUGAGACACUUUGAAGCCUCCUGUAGACAACAGUUCCCUACCGGAAGGCCCCGUGCCCAGCCCAACUUCGCAGCUGCCCUUGUGGGCCCAGCUGACCUGCUGACCAGCCCUGUGCCUCCCCCUGGGAGCCAGGUCUUCCUCCAGCCUCUUAGCUCUACCACAGUCGUGCCCAGGAGUCCUGUGCCCACUCCAUCCCCAGAUACCUUACCUCCUGCCCUGGAGGAUCCCAGCGAGGUCAGGCCCGGAUUGGUCUGUUCUAGUGAACAAGGGACAGAGUCUGAGCAGAGGCAGGAGAGCACAGACACCCCAGGGGAUAGCUCUGGUUCAUGCCCGUGGAGCCCCAACUCUUUGUUUGCUGGCAUGGAACUGGUGGCUUGCCCCCGCCUGCCCCGCCCCAGCUCUCAGGAUCUCCAGGCAGAUUUACAGAAGGUGACCGCAGAAGCUCCAGUCUCAGAGCCAUCAGCGUUUGCGUUUUUAAACAUGUGACUUUCUGGGCCCAGCUGUACAGAGUCCCCUCUGGUCCUCAUUUGGAGGGCUCCAAGACCAAUGGCCUGCCCUUCUGUCUGUUCACCAAGGAGCCAUCCUUUUGGUGUCUUCUGGCUGUCCUUUUGUCCCCUCUGGCCCCUUCCUGGGAAACCAGGACAGCGGCCAGGUGAGCCCUGGAUGGGCCUCCCAGUGCUCAGAACAGUCAUGAAGAAGGCAUGUGGGCCCUUAGUGCUGACCAGCGAACAUGGAGGUGUGGAAACUGGUCAACUUGCCUCAGAAGAUGUCUACACACACAUUGCUUCUUGGGAGUUGACUCUGGCCCCGCCCCUGAGACUGGCUUCCCUCUUCCUCCUGGCAAGACCCACACAGACCUUCUUAGCCUCUGCCCAGAGCUGGAGGCCACCUGAGGUUCCCUGCUUCCUGCAGUGCAUCUGCAGGCCGGGACUUCCCCAGGGCUGUUGACCUCAGCCCCUCCACCCAUGCUGCUCUCUAGGAGGCUGAACACAGGCCAACUCCCACCGCACCUCCCAGGCCACCUCAGUCCCAGUUGGACCUGGCCCAUUGCUAGGUGCUGGCAAUGAUUGUAUGGACUUGAAUUCCUAUGGUGACAGCUGGCAGGUAGCAAGUCUGUGGGCUGUCCUUGGGGAUCCUGGGCAAGCCUGUCGGCCUAGCCCUUAGAAAUGAGUGCUUGGUGAGCCUUGGAAACACCGACUUGGCUCACGGUUUACGUUCUGAUCUCUGGUCCUUUCUCAGGCAGGUCAAAGGUCAAAGUAGCUGGGAGCCACAGCCUUAAGGAUAGGGUGCUGGGUGGGUGCCUGGUCUGGUCCUCAGACGAGUGUCCUGUGUCAGUCCCCGUAGGACCCAGCUCUGGAUGCACAUGUUGCCAUGAGUUUCUGUAGAACAGGGAGAGCUGUCCCGUCUCAGAAGAGCCUGUGGAGCCGCGACAUGCACUUUUUCAAUAAACGCAAAUGUUUACACAG